AAGUACCGUUGUCGUAAGCGAAGUCCUGCCACCAUCGAGAGAGCCCGUAUGAUCCGAAGGGAUAAAGCGAAUGCUCGUGAACGUCGUCGAAUGAACAGUCUGAAUGAUGCAUUGGAGCAUCUUCGUACGCUGCUGCCUACAGAACCAGAAGAGCCCAAAAUGACAAAGAUAGAAACUCUUCGAGUCGCUCAAGGGUACGUUUCUAACCCUUCCCGUGAUUUUUGA